GGCAUUGACUCGCACGUUGUGGAGGACACAGAGGAGGCUCGUCGCAUGACCGACAAAUAUCCGCGUCCACUUAAUGUGAUCGAGCGACCAUUGAUGGAUGGAAUGGCCGUUGUUGGAGAACUCUUUGGUUCUGGAAAAAUGUUCUUGCCACAAAGCCCAUAUCAAGGAACAAUUGUUCUCGCCACGGUCAAAGGAGAUGUUCACGACAUUGGAAAAAAUAUAGUAGCAGUGGUUUUGGGAUGUAACAACUUUAAGGUGGUGGAUCUGGGUGUGAUGACACCCUGCGAGGCAAUAAUCAAAGCUGCUGUUGAAGAGCAAGCUGAUUUCAUAGGUUGCUCGGGCCUCAUAACGCCAUCGCUGGACGAAAUGGUUCAUGUUGCUAAAGAAAUGCAGCGUGUAGGGCUUAAAAUACCGCUGCUUAUAGUGGAAGAGAAUCAGUCUUCAUCAGCCGCAGUUCCUGGCUUGAAAACGAACAACGAAUCGAAUGCCUUGGGCGGAACGGGAUCUGGUAGCAUGCUACGGGGAGACAAAAACAGGGCUGCGGGGGAUGGUAAAAGACAAGGCCCCUAUCCUACGCGAGCCAUCUCCUUCACACCUGCUGCCUGCUCCGCCCAGCUACAUUACGUCAUCCAUCGAGAUGUCGAUUACUACAAGAUAUGA